CUAGUACCAGCGUCUGGCGGUACUUUUGAUAUUGUUGGGUAAUACCCUUGAGUUUAUGGAUUUUAUUAUUUUUGGUUGACUUUGCUGUUUUUACUAUUCUUUUAUUAAUUUUUUGAAGAAACAUUUUUGUGACAAAAAACAAAAUAAAAUUGAGUACGAAUUAAGUACUGAAAAGGCACAGCGGCGUUGAUCCCUGACUACUAAAGAAUCAACUGGCUCCUACCUACUACCAUCAAUUGGGUUAUAGAUGGCUCUCAAUGCUGAUCUGGAGAGUCUAUUGCACCAACAAGUCCCUGUCAAUGAGUCAGUCAAACAGACUGGCCUGACAGCAGUAGAUCUGAGCAACCUCUCCCUCGAUGAGGCAUGGAGAAAAGUCUUGCAGGAACAAGAGACACUCAAGAAUACAAGAGAAAGCCUGGACAAAGAGUGGCAACGACUGACUGGGGAGAUAAAAUACAUGGCAGAGUUGAGGAAGGCGUACGAUAGUGAAAAGAUGGACAUCCGGCAGAAAUGGGAGGCUUUGGAACAGGAGAAGAUGCACGUCGACAGAGAGAGAAAGGAUUUACGAAAAGAGUUCCAUAAACUUUCCAUGCGAUGGAGGGCUUUCAAUCAGGAGGAACAGUCCAUGUGCCAGGCCCGGAAGGCCUUUCAGAUAGAGAAAGAAGAAAUGGCGAUGAUGAGGAAAGCCUACCUUCAGGAAAAGACUGACAUCGAGAGGAUGAGGGAAGCGUUCCAGUACGAGAAGGCCAACAUGGAGAGCGACAGACAAAUCAUGAGUGUGCCGCUGCCACACAGGUUUGGGAGGCGGCUUUUUGUUCGAGAAAAAUGUCUACAAAAAAUGACACGGGCAAAAAACAGACCCAGGUUCUGGUGAAAGCUCAGAGGACAUGGACCAUAGGACUGACCGAAAGAAGUGUGUAAACAGAUCGGUUCUGAUUUGUUCAGAUUUUGUCAACAGGGGCAAUACCAAUAAUGACACUCAAGUUGUCAUGGUUCCGUGGUCGAAAGUGCCCCACACCUCAGACCCAUGUUUUAAUGUACUCUCAGAAUAAAGCUUUAA